AUGCGCUCUGACCCAGUCUGGCCGGUCUUACAUUACGUUCCUAACAUCCCCAGCUGUGAGGGGCACGGCUUGGACCGAAGUCGUGGUGUAACGUUUGUCCUGUGGUGCCACGUGUGCGGUGCCGUGCGGACACGUGCGCCAGUCCCUGCAUGUUUUCCCCCUUCUGCAGGCGUGGGGCGAGCCCUGAGCACGGCGUACUGCCGGCUCUGCCACGGGAAGUUCUCCUCCCGGAGCCUGCGCAACGCUUUUGGGAAGGUCCCGGUCACGGGGGCGAACUCGGAGAAGCAGCGCCGGGUGGAUCAAGUGUUCUUCACGGAUUUCCAGCGGCUGGUGGGGGUGGCGGUGCAGCAAGACCCCGCGCUCCCGCAGUACGUCUGCAAGAAGUGCCACGCCCAGUUCUACAAAUGCCGCAGCAUCCUCAAGUCCUUCAUCCAGCGGGUGAACGCCUCCCCCACGGGCCAGAGAAAGCCCAAAGGAAAGAGCAGUGAUGGGCAGCCCCCGUCGGCCCCGGAAGCCCCCUGUUUGGUGGACCCGAUCACCGCCAGCCCCCACUGCCUGCACGGCUUGGUGACGUGGACCCACACCUCGGAGCCCCUGAGCCCAGAGAAUCCGCUGCCACCGAGCAGGAAUUCAUCUCAGUCCCCGCCGGACUGCCCCGUCUUUGCACAGGAGACCCAGCCGCCCCCGCCCGCCUCUCCCCUGAGCAGUGCCGCAGGGCAGCGGAGUGGGAAGCAGGCUCUGGCGGCGCCGGCGGAUGAGCGGGUAAAGGCCGAGUUCAGUGACCUUUCUGAGGGAGACUUCUUGAGCGAGGAGGAAAACGAGAAGCGAACCGGGCAGUCUUCAGACGAUUCCUUUGAGCCUUAUCCAGACAAGAAGGCGUCCAGCCACAGAAAGGGGGAAAGCAAGGAAGCGAAGAAGGCCGACGAGCCCAAAAUCAGAAAGAAGCCGGGACCCAAACCAGGCUGGAAAAAAAAGAUCAAAUGUGAAAGGGAGGAGCUACCUACCAUUUACAAGUGCCCUUACCAGGGAUGCACGGCUGUGUACAGAGGGGCUGACGGCAUGAAGAAACACAUCAAGGAGCAUCAUGAAGAAGUUCGGGAGAGGCCUUGUCCCCACCCUGGCUGCAACAAGGUGUUCAUGAUCGAUCGGUACCUACAGCGCCACGUGAAACUCAUUCAUACAGAGGUACGGAAUUACAUCUGUGACGAAUGUGGGCAGACCUUCAAACAACGCAAACACCUCUCAGUCCAUCAGAUGCGCCACUCAGGAGCAAAACCCCUCCAAUGUGAAAUCUGUGGUUUCCAAUGCAGGCAGCGAGCGUCUCUCAAAUACCACAUGACCAAACACAAAGCAGAGGCCGAGCUGGAGUUCGCCUGCGACCAGUGUGGAAAGCGUUUUGAAAAGGCCCAUAACUUGAACGUCCACAUGUCCAUGGUGCACCCUCUGACCCAGACUCAGGACAAAGCCAAGCCCCAGGAGCCAGAGCAGAUUCUCCCGUUGGAUCCUGCAGGGACUGCGGAAAGCCAGGCGGUAAAACCCGAACUGACGGCCCAGCAGGAGCCUACUUGAAGGGCGGCUGGAGCUGUGCACCGACCGGC